UUAUUGUAUUUUGUGUCGAUCUUGAAAACAAUAAUGUGAACGAGAAUAAAAAAGUAUACUGUAAUUGUAAAUAAAGGAAUUGAUUACAAACCUUCUAGCUGAUGUGUGUUCAUCGCUGCUCUAAACCUGUUCAUUUGUAAAGAAAUAUUGGAGAGCUGAAAAUGAAGACGGCUGUAACUGUUCUGCAGGAAAUGAUGGUGAAGAUGGGCCAGACACCAGAAUAUGAAUGUAUAGCUCAGAGCGGGCCGCAGCACCAAGCCAUGUUCGACUACCGCUGUAUGGCGUGCGGCGUAGUAGUGACGGCCACGGCGCGGUCCAAGAAGGAGGCCAAGCAGGAGGUCGCGCGCCUCAUGCUGCAGCAACUGUCACGCCGCGGACACGCCGUGCCGCCGCCCUACGCCGCGCCCGCCGCGCCCUUAAUCCAGGACACGAUCCCGGGCGGGACGAGCGGUUCCUGUGACGUGCGAAGCUACGUGGCGCUGCUGAAGGAGCUGUGCGAGGAAUACCGGCUGCCCGCCGUGACGUACGAGCUGGUGGGCGACACAGGCCCCCCCCACCUGCGCCACUUCACGAUGCGCGCGCGCAUCGGCCAGCACGAGCGCGUGGCCACGUCCACCACGAAGAAGGCGGCGCGCCAGCUGGCCGCGGAGGAGCUGUACUCGUACCUGCGCGAGCACCUGGCGCGCGUCACCCGGGACUUUAACGAGGAGGACGCGCUGGUGCGUGCGCACGAGAAGGCCAUGGAGCGCUACGUGGAGGGCGAGGAACACUUGCGCCGGCCCGACCUAGGACUGCGCAUCGCGGACUACCACCUCGCACUCAUUGCGCAACUCGACGAGGACACGCGUGCACAGGCGCUGGCAGCGCUGGAAGCGGCGCGAGAGCUGCCACCCGAGAGCGCGCUGGCGGCCGUGGCGGCGGCGCUGCGGCUGCGGCUGGACGGCGCGCUGCUGCCGCCGCUGAGCGUGGUGCAGCUGUCGGGCGCCGGCCCGGACCUGGCCUUCGCGGGCGCCACGCCGCAAGCCGCCGCAGCCGACGCGCUCGACUAUCUGCGUCGCACGCUGCAACUGAGCACGCCGGUCCCGGUCGACUUACCGAACCACCCUGGCAUUGAUGAAAUUAUGCGACCUGUCCUCACUCACCUGUCUGACGAUGACAUGAUCAUAUAACAAAGUAUACAAUAAUACAUAUACUAUGUAUGACCUUUUGAUCGCCACAUCAAAAAAGCAAACCUCAGCGCAAAGCUCAAGAAUUCUUAAGUAUAGGUUUUUAGAAUUUUUACAAGCUUUUGUUAUCAUAAUAUGUAAAUAUAGACAAAUGCUAAAAAAGUAGAUCAAUUAAUAUAAGUAAGAAUGUGUCAAAGAAAAUUAUUUGCAAAAAGAAAUUAUUGCAUGUAGGCUGUGGCAUGCUGGGCACUUUUUGAGUGACUUGGUUUGCUCUUAUUAUCUAUACAUGACUGGCGAUAGAAAGAACAGAUUAAAUAAUAAUAUAUUAUUUGUUCCUUU